AUGAAACAUGGAAUAAUUCUUCAAGGUUUUGAUUCCAGUAGUUUUAAUCUUGUUAAUCAACAAUCUUAUGUUGGUUAUUUACCUGAUUUAUUUCUUUUUUCCACAUCAUUACAUUUUAUUCCUAAGUUCAUCUUAAUUAAAUUCUUUCAAAUCGAAAAAUCCGACUUACAUUUUUUGGUUUUAAUUUUAACAACUCUCCAAACUUCUUAUUUAAAUACUUCAAUUGAAUUCUCAACCAAAACUCUUUGUCCAUAUUCAUCUUCAUUAUUAACAGGAAACUUCAGUCAAAAUGAUUUAACCUUUCAAUAUCAUUAUCUAUGUCAAAAUUUCAGUGAAUUGAAAUGUUUUCGAUAUGACAAUCAUUUUUGUAUUUGUGAUCGAAAGUUAAAUAAUGAACGAGCUGAAUGUUUUUCAUAUAAUAAUCGUUUUGAACAAUGUACAAAUUGUUUAUCGAAUGGCAAAUGUUUACGUGGAAAUUGGAAAAUUUCAAGUGAUUUUGUUUGUUUAUGUCCACAUUGUUUUUAUGGUCGAUUAUGUCAAUUUCAAAUACAAAUCUUUAGUUUUACACUUGAUUCAUUACUUAAUAAUGAAUCUCAACAUGUUCAUUAUAUUCUAAUUGGAUUCAUAUUUCUUUUAUUUCUUAUUGGUUUAUUGAAUAAUACAUGUUGUUUUCUAACAAUAAAAGAAAAUCUACGACGAAAACUUUUUCUUAGUUAUUUAAUUUGUAUUUUGACAAUUAUUAAUCAAUUUUCAUUAAUAUUUUUAUUAUUUAAAAUAAUCUAUGUUUUCUUAGGUACGAAUGGAAAAUUUGAAAAUUUAUUUAAAUUGAAUUUAAUUUUAUGUCAAAGUUCAACGUAUUUAUCAUCGAUAUUUAUACGAUCAAAUCAUUGGUUAACGAGUUUAAUAACAAUUUUACGUGUUUUUAUUGUUUUCUUUCCGCGAAAAGAUUUUUCCAAGAAAUUUAAUUUGAAAUCUAUUCUAAUUAUAUUAAUAUUUGUCGUUAUAACACACAUUCAUGAAAUCUUUUAUUCAAUUAUUGUUGAAGAUGUUCAAUCUCAAACAUAUUGUUUAACAAAUUAUUCAUAA